AUGUUGCCGCAAACAGGACUCCAGUCGCUACGUUCUAGUCCCGGCGCAUUAACCCUAGCUCAUGGAUUUGGUGAGGACGGUUGGAACUUUGGCAUACCCAGUGGAAGCUUAGGAAAUGAUGACAAGCUUGAACGAAUAUUUACUGGUACCACAACUGCUUGCGAUACAGUGAUUGAUGAAUACCAUGGAACUACGACUACAGCUGGGGCGCAUACGUUGCACAAUUUAGGCAAAAGUCCCAAGUACCCUUAUAUACCCGGAAAUGAUAAAGCUAAACCUUUUGGAGAUAUCCCUGAGGAUGAAGUUUUUCCACCAGGGCCUAACACUGAGGUGAAGAAACAUGCUACACGAAACAAGUCUUCUUUGCUAGGCUAUCUAAAUUACAAAAGAAAACGUAAAGGACGCCGAGGCUCGGUUUACCAUUCCAAUGGUGACGAAGAGCCAGGGAUAUAUCUAGAACGAUAUCAAGAUGGGCAUUCGGUAAUACCAGCUCCUGGGAAUUCAGGGGAAACAUCAUCAUCGUCGAGUAAUAGUUUUUUUCUCAAAUCCAAAAAAAUAUUAGAGCCCAAGUCACAACGGCGUGUGCAGAGAUCUGAGAGCGAUGACGAUGACGACUUUUACAAGGGUAACGACAUAUCCUUUAUAAAGAGAUUUUACCGAUGGCUCAUUAUAGGCGGCGGUAUACACAAAUCUACACCAUUGGUUGACUCAGAGGGACGGCACCGGAAUUAUGAAAAAUACCCCAAUGAUUCUAUUUUCUUUUUAUUUGGCGGUCGUAUAUUGUCUGCACGAGACACUCCUCUAAAUGUGUUUAUACUGGGACUUAUAUUAGUCCUUGGUGGCUUGUUUUUUGGGUUUAUAGCGCCGUGGAGCUGGAACCACAUGUCUCCGGCGGUUCCCCUUACAUUUGCUUACUGUUAUUUAAUGACUCUAAUGUCUUUUUUAAAAUCAAGUACAACCAACCCAGGUAUUUUACCACGAAAUAUUCAUUUGGUCGGAGAUAACAAGAAUCUACCGGAGGAAUACAAACUCUCGACGAUUUUGCCGGGCCCGCAUUUUGAAAGUCCAAAGGGCUCGGACAUAACGCGGGUUGUUCUUGUUAAUUAUUGUACUACAUGUCGUAUUUGGAGACCACCACGAGCAAGUCAUUGCCGAGUAUGCAACCACUGCGUGGAUUUGCACGAUCAUCAUUGUGUGUGGCUCAACAAUUGCGUGGGCCGCCGCAACUAUAAGUACUUUUUUAGUUUUUUGUUUUUUACAUCCUUGAGCUGUCUCUACAUGGAAGGUGUUUGCAUUUACUACAUGGUAGAAUCAUGGGAAUAUCGAAGGGAAGAGGGCAUGAGCCACGGCGGGUACAGCGGCGACAUGGGGCUUUCCUUCAAGGACAGCUUGAAGCAUACGCCGGUCGGAAUGCUUCUUGCAGUCUUAGGGUUCAUUGGGUCAUUGUAUCCUAUGCUGCUUUGUGGUCUUCAUAUUUACCUGAUGGCAACAGGCCAACAAACUCGAGAAUUUCUUCGAGAGAGAAGUACAAGAAAACAAGGGAACAAAAAAAUUGAAGGCGAUUUGGACGGGAAACCUCGAAAGUACAGAAAUAGACCGUUUGAUACGGGGAAUGUUGUGCACAAUAUUUAUCUUGCACUUUUUCGUCCAGACAUUGCAAAUUUUAUUGAACCGAGGAAAGAUUAUAUUGAAGGGGAUCCUCGAUUUGAAAGAUUUCUUCCCAUGGAAUAG